AUGCGACAGUUCUCUCAGUAUCUACAGGGGAAAUUCAAUCUAGCUCCAAAGCAACUGCUAAGGAUUAUUGCUUGCGUAAGAAUGCGACAACUGGAAAAGUUGAUUGAAAGAGUGGAAAAUUUAUUUUUGCGAUUGUCCUUAUUGCAAAAGAAGAUUUUCAGCGGAAAACUGGACGAAGCUCUGCAGUUGGUUGUUGAGCAGACCGUGGAAUCUAACAGUGCUUUUGGACAGUAUCAGCUAGCUGCAGCUGCCAUCCGAGCGGAGAAUAUGGGAAUUCUGAAGGGGGUGUUCGACGUCGUGAAAAGAACGCAUGGAAAAGAAAUUGCUUUUCUUGACCUUGCUUACGUACUUCUUGAAGAACGUCGAGUUGAGCGAGCGUUGAAGCUGUUGGACACACCACAACUGAGAAUCUCACCAGGAAAACUUGAAUACUUUGUUAGACGUGCAGUAGAUAGUAAUAGGCCAGACGUUCUGCGCGGCCUCUUCACUGGUCUUUGUCAAGGUGACCGAGCAUCGACUGUAGAUAAGGCCAACGAUUUUUCUUCGCUGGAAAGUUUACGAGACGAAAUAGAUCGGACGUCAUUCCCAUUGGAA